AUGGAGGUGGAGUAUGAGCCCGCUCCUAUGCCAGCCGAGAGCCGCCUGGCUGGCCCAUCGUCAUACUCUGACGACGAGGACGACGCGGAUGUAGACGCUGAGGCUGAGGCUGAGGCUGAAGUAGAGGCAGAGGAGGCGCCUGGGGCCGGUGCGGAGGACGAUGCCGAGGCUGAGGAAGAAGAGGAGGAGGAUGGAGGAGAGGCACAGGCUGCCCCAAAAGCAAAAGCUAAACGAGUCAUCAAGUCCCGCCAAUCCCUCGCUGAGAAACAACCCGGAACCACCCUCUUCCCCAUCGCUCGCGUCAAGAAGAUCAUCAAGGCCGACAAGGACGUGGACACCAUGAGCGCCGAGGCGACUUUUCUGAUUGCUGCUGCUACUGAAUAUUUCAUCAAGCACUUUAUGGAGGAAGGAUACACCAAAGCUCGGCUUGACAAGCGGAAGAUUGUCAAUUAUCGCGACAUGGCUUCCGUCGUUGCCCGUUCAGACGAGUUCAGCUUCUUGCAAGAUGUCAUCCCUAUGCCUAUGCAGAUAUCGGAAGCUCUCGAGAAGCGGAAACAGAAAAAACUCCGCGACGAAAACCCUACGAUCCACGAUGAAGACCCCUCCUCGGUCGACGCAAACGACACUCUCCCCGCUCUGACCGGCUCCAAGAAUCCCCUAUUCCCCAAUGCAGUCAUCAGGCGUCCAACCAAUACCCACGCCAAAGGUUCAACCAAAGGUGGUGCUGGUCCCUCUGCCGCCGGGCCAUCUUCUGACUUGUCGGAUGAGGAUGAGCUAUUGACGGGCGGGGUCAAGCCGACGGGUACAAAUGGAACACCGAGUCAUCAGCACGGGACGAGACGAGCGAGGCAGAGCGCAGCUGCAACAGAGAUGGUGGCCGAUUCGGAUGAGGAGAGCGGGGCGCAGGGGACGAUACGCGCUGAACCUUUUGAUGACGAGGUCGAGCCUAUGGAUGAGGAUUAG